CACUCGAAGGUGUCAAUUUAUUGUAGCUUACUUCUGUAAUCAGGACACUUUUUUUUUUGGCUAAUAGCUACAGGCUUUCAGUUUCAACAGAGAAGACAGUUAAUUAAGUACAAUUUCGAGGCAAUUCGUCUGAUAGAUACAUCUGCAUUUAGAAAUUCUUAUGCAUUAAAAACAAAGGAAGACUUGUGCCUUCAAAGUCUACAACGUGUGGAGCCAGAUCCACUGCAAAUCCUUUUCAUUGCAGAUGUCACCAGCUACUUGUUUACGUGUCCGAUCUAUCUUUCUUUCUAUUUUCUUUUUACUAUUAAAGUGCGAGAAAAAAAUUAAAAUGUUUUUCGGUGGUUUUGCUUCUUCUUCUUGAAGAUUGAUAGAUAAUCCAAGGAAAGAGUAUGGCUCAAACUGUACGAACAAAUGUUAAAGAAGAUGCUAAUGACAGUGAGAAGGCACGCAGUGGGGCAAAUCGCGUCGGUCAGAAGGUUAGUUCCCUGGAAAGGACCUUCCUUGUCGUAAACUUCAUAUUGGAGCUUCCAUCAGCAGUUUUUGAUCAACUAUCCUCAUUGCAUAGGCCCCAAUUUGCACUACUUUGUUAAUGUCUUUUACAGUCUUGAUAAUUUCCAUCACUGAUCUUGUUUACAAGGGUAGGAAAGAAAAAGUUACUUGGAUGAAAAGGGGAAUGAUGCCUUGGUUUAAUUACCCAUAUCCAAGUUCCAAGCCCUUCGGAACAUUUCCUGACAUUAUCGGACUAGUAUUGUGCAAUCUUUCAAUACAUUCUUGCAUCAAUAGCAUAUGCCUUUUUGUUUCGGUAUGCAGAUAAUCCUGUCAAAGUGUCUGUUUGGCCUAUAAUAUUUGCCUUUGGUAUAUUAUGUUCUAAUUUUCAGGAAAUCCUCCAGAAAAUAGACAAAGCCGACGCACGAGAAGACUGAAUAGAGCAGAUGAAUUUACUCUGGAUGAGAUAGCUGCUGCUACCAAUGAUUUCUCGUUGCAGACAAAGAUUGGUAAUCGGAUAUUUGGGACUGUUUAUAGAGGGAAACUAGCAGAUGGUCGCGAAGCAGUGAUAAAGAGAGGGGAGAGAGGCCAAACAAAGAAACUUUAUCAAGAGAAACAAAAUGAAUUUGAAUCUGAACUGGAAUUCCUGUUAAGGCUUCACCAUAAACAUUUGGUUAGGCUAAUUGGGUACUGCGAUAAUGGGGUUGAGAAGCUUUUAGUUUUUGAGCACAUAGAGAAUGGAUCUUUAUAUGACCAAUUACAUGUAACAAUUAGUAGUAUGAUCAAUUCUUCGAAAGUGAGGAUCAAGACUGCAUUAGAUGCUGCUAGAGAAAUCCAAUAUCUUAUGCAGUCCCACCAGUAAUCCACAGAUUCAUAAACUCUUCUAACAUACUGCUCGACAGAGAUUGGACAGCAAUAGUUUCCGAGUUUGGACUAUCAUUGAAGGCUCCUGAAUCAGAACUUGAUUACAGGCCAAUAGGAUCUGUUCGGUAUAUAGAUCCUGAGUAUUAUUUGCGAAACAUAAUAACCGCUAAAAAUGAUGUGUGUGGUUUUGGUGUGAUAUUAUUAGAACUUCUGACAGGCAAAAUAGCUAUGUUUAAGGAUGAUAAUAAUGGAGGCACAUUAACAUGUAUAAUAGAUUUUGCAGCCCCUAGAAUUAUAGCUAGUGAAUUGGUUAAUAUUUUGGACCCUAAGGUUAAUCCUCCAAAGCUAAUGAGGCAGAGGCAGUAGAGCUGAUGGCAUAUACUGCAGUUCAUUGUUUGAAUUCGGAAGGGAGAAAAAGACCAGGUAUGACUGAUGUAGUUGCGAAUUUGGAGCGAAGUUUGGCUCUGUGCAUUGGUAAUGAGAUUAAUCUGACCUAAAGCUAUCGUGCAUUGUUUGGAUCGAAAUGAACAAGAAGCAUCAGAAAGCCUCAAAGCCAAUACAGCUUAGUGUAUAUGCUCAAGCUUUUGUAGUUAGACCCUUUCUUUUACCCCCUAGCUACAGGUUUUCAGUUUCCAUAUAGACUUUUCAGAGUAAAUGCAAUACUAAAAUAUGUAUAACUUGAGAGUUCAGAUACACGAUUGAAUAUAGAAGUAUUUAAUUCCUUAGUCUAUUCAUGAUAACAAUUUGCGUUGCCAAUUUCAGGCGUUAGAAUAAUGUAAACAUUAUAUCACAAUCAAAGGUAGUUCAUAUGGUUCGUGGAAAUCCUACUAAAAAUAUGAUGAUAAUGCCUGCAUCUAUUUCUUGUGGAUUUACUUUAAUACAAAAAACAGAACAGAACGGCCAGAUAUCAAACCAAAUCCAUUUGACUGCGAUAUAUAUUAUAUAGAACAGAACGGCCACCCGUUUACUUUUCCUUCCAAUGUUUGUAAUCUUUCUCCCUUUCAUUUGGAAAACUACUUCUGGGUUAUGGUUCUGCUGGGAUAUUUACAAUCCUUGCGAAGACUAUGGCUGAAUCUCUCAAUAUUGAUGUUGAAGAAGAUGAUUAUGGCAGUGACAAGGCGCACGGCAGGGCAGUUCACUUCGAUCGCAAGGUUAGUAACUUGGAAAGGGUCUUCCUUAUCGCCAACUUCAUCUUAGAGCUUCCAUCAGCUGUUUUUGAUCAGCUAUCCUCAGUGCACAAGCCCCAAUACGCGUUGCUAAGUAUGUUUAUGUCCUUCACAAUCUUGACCAUUUCUAUCAUGUAUCUUGUUUACAAGGCUCAGAAAGGAGUAACUUGGAUGAAGAAAGGGUGGAUACCUUGGUUUUAUUAUCAACAUCAAAAUUCCAGACCUUUUGGAACAUUUCCUGACAUAAUUGGAUUACUUUGUGCAUUUUUCCAAUGCAUUUUUGCAUCACUAUCAUACGCCUUGUUGUCUCGACAGGUUAAUAAUCCUAUCAAAGUGUCUGUUUGGCCUAUUAUCUUUGCUUUUGGUCUAUUGUAUUCUAGACUGUCAGAAACUCCUCCACAAAAGAGGUCAACCCCACAUGUAAGGAAAUUGAAUAGAGCAGUUGAAUUUACUCUGGCUGAGCUUGCUGCUGGAACUGAUGAUUUCUCGUUACAGAACAAGCUUGGUGUAGGGCGAAGUGGAGUUGUUUACAAAGGGAAACUAGCAAAUGGUAAUGAAGUGGUAGUAAAGAGAGGGGAGAGAGGUCAAGAAAGGAAAUUUUCUGAAGAGGAACAUAGGGCUUUUGAAACUGAACUGCUAUUCUUGUCAAGGCUUCACAACAAACACUUAGUUAGGCUUAUUGGGUAUUUCGAAGAUGAGAAUGAGAGGCUUUUAGUUUAUGAGCUCAUAAAGAAUGGAGGUUUGUUUCAUCAUUUACAUGACAAGGACAAUAAUGAAAAGAAUAGCAGUGUGAUCAAUUCAUGGAAAACGAGGAUCAAGAUUGCAUUAGAUGCUGCUAGGGGAAUUGAAUAUCUUCACAAUUAUGCAGUUCCACCAGUAAUUCACAGAGACAUCAAAUCUUCCAACAUAUUGCUCGAUGCAAAUUGGACUGCAAGAAUUGCAGAGUUUGCAUUAUCGUUGAUGGUGCCUGAAUCAGAACAUGGUUACAGAUUGAUGAAGGCAGUAGGAACUGCUGGCUAUAUCGACCCCGAGUACUAUGCUCUUAAUAUAUUAACUGAAAAGAGCGAUGUAUAUAGUUUUGGUGUGGUACUACUAGAACUUCUGACAGGCAAGAAAGUUAUAUUCUAUGAUGAUAAUAGUGAAGGCACACCAACAAGUGUAGUGGAUUUCGCAAUGCCCAGAAUUUUGUCUGGCGACUUUGUUAAGGUUUUGGACCCUAGGGUCAAUCCACCAGAGUUUAAUGAAGAAGAGGCAGUGGAGCUGGUGGCGUAUACUGCACUUCAUUGUGUGAAUUUAGAAGGGAGAAACAGGCCAACUAUGACUGAUGUAGUCGCUAAUUUGGAGCGAAGUUUGGCUCUAUGCAUUGAUAGUAGUAAUGAGGAUGAGAUGAACAUCAAGCAUCAGUCUGAAUGAAUAGAAAAGAUGCAUCAGAAAGGCAAAAAAGCUAGAGAAUUACAUGAGAAAUGGAAUGCAUUCAAAUGGAGGCGUCAACUUUUGCAGUUAGAAUUAUUUUCUCUAGCUACAGGUUUUCAGUUUCUAUGGAGUUUUAUAGUGAAUUAUGUCUAGAUUUGCACUGUGAUUCUAUUUUAACGGCCCACUUAAUCUCCUGUAACAGUAGCUAUACUUUACUGGUUUUUAAUCAAAUUAGCAAGCAGCAUUAAACAAUUGACAAUA